AUGGCCACCGCAACAUCCCCCGUUAUCCGUGCCCGCAACGCCAAGUACCAGGCGAAUGUGACUAAGCGUGGCCAUGUCAAGCCCUCGUCCCAAUCCGAGAAAAAAGUCGGCAAGAAGGCACCUGUGAGCCCUUACAUGGUCGGACUCUUGCUCAUCGUCAUGUGCGGCGGAGCCAUCUUUGAGGUCCUAAGGCUGUUCGGUGCCAAGGUGGAGACGGGCUAUUAA